UCGAAAAUUAAAAGUAAUCAACAUGUCUGGACGUGGUAAAGGAGGAAAAGGGCUUGGUAAAGGAGGCGCUAAGCGUCAUCGUAAGGUGUUGCGUGAUAACAUUCAGGGUAUCACAAAACCAGCUAUCCGUCGUCUUGCUCGUCGUGGUGGUGUUAAGCGUAUAUCUGGUCUCAUCUACGAAGAGACCCGUGGUGUAUUGAAAGUAUUUCUUGAGAAUGUCAUCCGUGAUGCUGUCACAUACACCGAGCAUGCUAAGAGAAAGACCGUCACCGCCAUGGAUGUCGUCUACGCUUUGAAAAGACAAGGCCGAACCCUGUACGGAUUCGGUGGAUAAGCAGUUCUUCUAUAUCAAACCAAACGGCUCUUUUCAGAGCCACCAUUUGAACAAAAGAGUAUGAUUUUUUGCCUAGUUGUAUUUUAGUGUUUUUUUUCCAGUCACAUCCAAUAUGAUUAUUGUAUAUUACUAUAUAUAAUUAUUAACAAUAAUUAUACAACGGUAUAUGAUUGUAAUUUAAAAAAAACCACGUGCUUUGGGAUAAUAUAUAAUUGAAUUAUUAAUUUAAAAAAUAUAUUGAGAGAUUACUGUUUUGUCAUUGCCUACAGUUUAUAGGCGUUACUUUUAUUAAUCUCAAUUUCAAUAAUACACAUUAUUUCGGGAUAACAUAUGAAUACUUCAACAAGUAAAGGGAAUUCAAUAUAUUAUCUUGAGGGGGAUUAAAAUUAAAUUUUGUAACUAAAUCUGUAACUGUAAAACUAAGCUACUGUUGUCUCUCCAACAUGCAAAUGUGUUCAUUUUAUUACACAUAUUUGUAAAACAAAUUCAAUAAUACACAUAAGUUGCAGAUAUUUUGCAAAAUCUUUUUUUUUUUUUAAAUAUCUAAUAAACUAAUGACUUGUUCUUACGUUGC